ACAUGUUUUUGAACACUACCAGUCGUCUCAAUAAGAUCGACAUGUCAACUUUUGUGCCACAUGGAGAGUUCACUACUGGAGAGUCUUCAGUCCAUUUCAAUCCCGACAGUGUAGCCUUUACAGAAGAUGUAUUGGUGACAAUAACUUACACUCUUGUGCUCAACAGACGUCCGGCGUUCUACUGGAUGGUCAUGGUAUUUCCAAUGGCAAGCUUUCCAUUGCUCAGUCCAGUCAGCUUCCUUGUACCUGUAGAGAGUGGGGAGAAGAUAACUCUGUCAAUCACCGUGGUUUUGUCCUACUUGGUCUUCAUUGGGUCAAUAAAUGAUGCGAUGCCAAGGUUGUCAGAUACAGUCUCCUUGAUAGUGAUCUAUGCCACCGUACAGACAAUGAUAAGCAUGCUGACAGUCGUUGCCAAUGGAAUCAUCAUAUGCAUACAUAAGUUGCCCCAGGACUUUCACGUCACAGUUCCAUUAUUCAAAACAUCAAGAAGGCCUCAUUCACAAAGAAAAAAGAAACACGAUGCACAAAAUGGAGAGAAGUUGGAGUUGUGUUCAAUUACUGGCAAGGCAAUGUCCAAAGCAUCAAGAACAAUUAACUCAUCAAGAAAAGCGAAAUACGAACUACAAAAUGGGGAGAGUUUCAAAAGCAAUUCUCCGAAGUUGGAGUCGUCUUCAGUUACUGGCAAGUCAAGGGCUUUACCGUUAGCAGAAGAGCGCAUGAAAGAAAAUUCAGAAACCAACGGGCUUAAAUGGGUCCUGCUUGCUCGCCGACUUGACAAGAUCUGCUUAGUUUGCUUUGUGUUUCUUGCUGCAUCAGUGUCAGUCGUUUUCGGCCUCCUUUUCACAUGCUAA